CUAACAAUGAUAUGAAAAAUACUAAUGUGGAAAAUAAAAGUAAUAGUUCUAUGAAUAAUAUAAAUUAUAAUGAUUUGUCAAAAAAUUUAACAGAAAAGGAAUUAUUUGAUGUUUUAAAUUCAUUAAAAGAAUGCCCGCCCAAAGAAGAUCUUAGAAAUUUAUGGACGCACACAUGUGGUGUUGCAAAAGAAGGUUUGGAUAAUAUAUAUCUACAGUUAAAGGCAUCAAUACAAAAAUAUUUAGAUGAUGAUUUUCUUAAUAGGACUGAUCACUCAAGUUAUAAUAGGUUUGUAUAUAACUGUAGAUUGGAAGGACAUAUUUUCAGAUUAAUUCAAGCAGUAGGAAAGGAAGAGGUAGAAUACACUAAAAACCUUUAUAACUUAAUUAAUGGUGAACAUACACUUGAUGAUAUAUUGAAAUUUAUUUAUUCAUUCUUAGAACAUUUAAAAACAUUAAAAAAAGAAUUACAUAAAAAACAUCAAAAGGAACUUUUAGCUGAUGUUGAACAAGAACGUUAUACACGGAUACAUAGGAUGUAA